GAAAGAAGAUGGCGGCUAUGUUGCCGCGCAUGCGCAAGAUCUGUGGAAGCGCAAACUGAGCUUGAGAGGCCAGUCAUGGCGCUGCUUUCAGUGCCGCUGAGGCGGCCUUGGCCUCUGAGGGCUGCCCUGGGCCCCUGGAGAGGCCUGUCGGAAGCAGCGGGGCGAAGGCGGAGCGCCAGGGAGCUGCAGGAGGCCGAGGCCGGGGCCCCCGUCUACCGCUACGCCGGGCAGCAGCCCAAGCGGAGAGGGCGCGUCUUCGUGUGGGGCUUCUGCUUCUCUGGGGCCCUGGGCCUCCCUUCCUUCGUCGCUCCUGACGCGGGGAUGAGGCCCAGGAGGGUCCAGCCCGUCCCUUGCCGCCUGGAGACGGAGGAGAAGAUCUCAUCUGCCGCCUGUGGAUACGGCUUCACGCUCCUCUCCUCCCGAACUACGGAUGUGACCAAGGUUUGGGGCAUGGGCCUGAACAAGGAUUCUCAGAUUGGAUUCCACCAAAGCAGAAGAGAGCGGACAAAAGGCUAUGAAUAUGUUUUGAAGCCCAGCCCGGUCCCACUGCCUCUGGACAAGCCGCAGCAGACCAGGGUCUCGCAAGUGUCCUGUGGGAGAGCGCAUUCUUUAGUGCUGACGGACACAGAAGGAGUGUUCAGCAUGGGCAACAACUCCUAUGGGCAGUGUGGCCGGAAAGUGAUCGAAGGGGAAGUGUACAGCGAUAGCCAGAUCAUUAACAGGCUGCAGGAAUUUGAAGACAGAGUUGUCCAAGUCGCCUGUGGACAGGAUCACAGCCUCUUUAGGACAGAGAGAGGAGAUGUCUAUUCUUGUGGGUGGGGAGCUGAUGGCCAAACAGGCCUUGGCCAUUACAAUAUUGUCAGCACCCCGACAAAACUGCGUGGAGACAUCGCUGGUGUCCGCAUCUCUCAGGUUGCCACCUACGGCGACUGCUGCCUUGCCGUGUCCGAGGACGGCGAACUCUUUGGUUGGGGCAACUCCGAAUAUCUGCAGCUGGCGUCCGUGACGGAGUCAACCCAGGUCAAUGUGCCAAGGCACCUGCCCUUCAAAGUGGGGAGAGUGAAGGAAGCUGCUUGCGGAGGGACAGUCAAUGCGCUCUUAAACGAGGAAGGCCAUGUCUUUGUGUGGGGCUAUGGAAUUCUUGGGAAAGGACCAAAGCUGAUGGAAACAGCCGUUCCUGAGAUGAUCCCGCCUUCCCUUUUUGGCUUAUCGGACUUCAAUCCGGACGUCUGCGUGGCUCGGAUCCGUUGUGGACUUGGCCAGUUUGCUGCUGUCACCAAUCGAGGAGAGCUCUUUGUGUGGGGUAAGAAUGUCAGAGGAUGCCUGGGGAUCGGCAGAAUGGAAGACCAGUACUUCCCAUGGCGGGUGACGUUGCCAGGCGAGGUGACAGACGUGGCGUGUGGGGUGGACCACAUGGUCACACUGGUGAAGUCUUUCAUUUAGGCCGGAGACAGCAGUGCUUCAACAGAGAGGUUCAUCAAACUGUUUGAACAAUUGUUGGUCCUUUGCGGCAAGACUUGAGUUCUCUGCGAGGCAAAACCAGCUCCCCUUGAAUCUUUGUAACCGAACGCCUUUUAGUUGGGGAGACGAAUGGUGGUCAGUGUUGUAAGUGGCUGCUCAGGGCUUGUGAGGCAAGACUGUGCAAUGUGCGUCGGGGGGUCAAAACAAUGGCCUUUAGUAUCAAACGAAAUGGAACAUGGCUUCUGUGUUUCAAGACAGCAUUCUGGGAUAAGAAGUGAAUGUUUGCUUCCCUCCAGCUCCAAGCAGUUAUGGAGCAUCUCUCAAAUUUUGAGUUUCCAUUGACUUGAAGAUGAAGGAGUGGAUUGAAGGCUAGCAUGCGCUACUAAACUGGGACUAAGUCAAGACUGAGGUGACAAUUUCUGGUCCCGUUGUGGUCAUGCUGGGAAAGGCAGGGGCGGAUGGCUAACCAGUUAAGCUGCAACGCAAGGAAACCCUCCUUUGGCUUUUGAUGCUGCCCGGUUGCCCAUAUUGAGUAACCUAUUGAGUUGUAGAGGUUUCGGCUUGACGAUGCCAUUUGUAUAUUUGAAAACGCUACACGAAACGUGGAUUACUAUUACUUUGCAAGUGGGACUGGGAACAGGGUCAUAGUUUGUUGUCCUGACCCAGCAUUUUGGGGUAUGCCCCAUGGGGCCUUUUCCCAUAAGGGUUUGCCUUCAGCAGUUGGGUUCAGCCUCAGCCUGCUGAUGUCCUAUUCCAUAUGUGGGACAAAAUUGAGCUGUCUGCAUUAUAUCAGGAGCAAUUUGUGUCGUCUGAGCAUUGGAAAUAGAGGGAAUGAAUGUUGAACAGUGGGGAAUAAUAGGGAAAUGUAAGACUUGGGAAUUGGAUCUGCUCUGUUCUUGUACAAAAGUGAGCAUUUCUGCUCAUGGAAACAUCUGAGAAUGAAGAUGCUCAUUUAGACUGUGAAGUGCCCCCCCUCCGUAUGCCAUAUAUUGGUGAAAGAAAACCUCCAAAAGAAAUUUAGGGUAUCAAAAAAUAGGCUUUCUACCACUUCUGCCAUUGCCCCUGCCCAGUCUGGACUGGUGCGGUGCGCACUGGGUCCCAGGGUUGGCAUAAGUAUUAAUGUUCAGAAGUCAGCCUCUUUGUUCUCAGAUCAUAAUAUUUUUUGCCCCUUGGUUCCAAGAGGAAUGUUUACAACAAAACACCCACUUUGCUUUUUGAGCCAGAGACUUGGGUGCGUAAGAGCAGGUUUCUGCAUGGAGGCCACGGUCCACUAGAAAGCUCUGUGGCAGGUGGAGCAUGGCUCUCUUGCGCAGUGAAGCAUUUUGGGUGGAUAGCGCCAUCCCUUUUUCAGGGAAAUGUCACCCCAAGAUGGUUCUUGCAUGUAAUUCUCCAAUGGUACACAAAUGUGAAGCAGUGCUGCGGUACAAUCCCACACCUCCUACUCCUUGUGAAAAUGAGAUACCAGUCUACUCAGUUAAGCACCAGCUAUUUUCACCCCAGAUUGGGAAAUGGUAUUAACAAGUGGCCUAACAAAAGAGGAAUAAAACUUUUUUUGUACCAAG